UCAAGACCAGGCUAUGUGUGCCAUAUCAGAAAGGUCGCUGUUCACGCCAAAAUUGCACCUUUGCUCAUGGGAAUGCGGAGUUGCGGCGAUUCUCUGGCUCAUAUAGUGAGAUUGGUUGCUUUUUAGAUGUCCUUGGACGUAAUCCUGUUUCUUUGUCUGUUUGUAUUAUGGCUUCUGCACAUGAUUACAUGCAUAUCUAUUGGAUCAUGUGACAUGAAGCUUUAUAAGGAGAGCAUUCUGAGUUUUUCUCCUUUAAUGACAUGCCCAUAUGAUUGAGAAAGUUUGAUCAAUGAAAGAGAAAAAUGCAACGAAAUAUUUUUAGGAUGUGUUACCACUUUCUCGGAUGUACUUGUCUACCAUUCAUUCAUGUCCCGAGCUACCUUUUUUGAUGCUCCAAAUUCAUUACUGGAGUUCAUAUUCUCUGAUCACUAUGGAUCUGGAUAAUUCUCUGGUAGAUUGGUUUAUAUGCCAAUUGAUUCAGUGUAAGCAGAGCACAAGGCUUAUUUAUGAUUGACUAAUGUACGAAAUUAAUGUCAGAUUAACUUAUUCAAUGAUAGGAUGUCAGCUCAUGUUAUCUUGUUUUGAGAUUGGUUGAAUUGCAAGCGGUAUGGAUAUUUUAAUUUAGAUGGGAAAUCUUCAGUAUGGAUUCUGCUGAUUGGUUUAUCUAAAAGUCAAUGCUGGUAUUGUUGUUAACAAUUUCUUUACAUGGCAACAUAUUUCAUGGAUCAUUCCACGAAUCUGUGGAGCUACAAAGUACUAGCUGGAGGAUCUUGAUUGGGCUUUCUUGGAUCAUUCCUUCUUCUUUUAUUUAGAUCAGAAGCAACUUCAGUGAAUUAUCUUAUCCUUUGAUAUAGCACAUUCUACUGCCUGAGUGAAUGGAGCGUAUAGUUUUCCUUUUGGUUGACACUUCUGGAUGAUGCUAUGGUGUGGCUCAUUCAACAAAGACUGAAUGAAAUUCUUAAAGAGGGGAUAUUACCAGAAGCAAUCAAAUCUGAUAGCAUGUGGACAGAUUCUUAUUUUUGUAAAAUCAUCGCGGAGAUAUCUCUACUUUUCUAUUAUAUUUUAAUGCCAUUCUGCCUAACAAGAAGAUGAGGAAGUGAAUUGGUCUUAAUCCCAUUGCAACCUUGAUUGCACUUCAAAGAUAUAAGCUACAUACCUGGGUUUUUAUUUCCGUCUCUAAUUUCUGUCGCCUUUUCGCUCUUGCAUGGGAAGCUCUAUAACUAUUCAUUAUUAUGUUUCCCUUGUUAUUCACCAUGAUGGUAGGCAAGACUAUUCCAGUAGUGACUUGAGAGGAAAACUUGAAAGAAGGCAUUUCUCACCUCGCAGGUUAUCACCAGCAAGAGAUGCAAGGAGCCGCCAAAAUAUUCAUGAUUACAGCCCUGGGAGGCCCUUGGAGAAAAGGAGUGAUAGGAAGCGCAAGAGAGAUAAGGGCAUUGCAGGCCAAAGUGAUGUUUCGGGAAGCUUGAGAUUCUCUGAUAGAAUCCAAGAUAAAGUUAGAGAAGGAAAACUGCAUUCCUCCGGUUCAAAAAAUAGUCUUGAGGAGCAGCUGAAGAAAGUGCAGUUGGAAAUCAGCAUGCUUGAUGAGCAAAAGUUUCAAUUUGGGGUCUGCUUGGAUGAGAGUGUUCAAGAAGUGGAUAGCCUUAAUUCUAGAAUUCAGGAACUGCAAGCUCAAUUAUUUAAAGAGAAUGAAGAAUGUAAAAGGGUCACGUCAAAAAUAAGGAAGUUUAUUAAAGCACAUAGUCAAAACACUCGAUUACAAGAUGAAUUAAGGAGAUCACAGGCUCGACUUCAAAGGUUGGGAAAUCAGCUUGACUCGGACAUUGCUAGAACUGGUGUCAAUGAAGAAGACUUGAGUAUUGAUAUUGUAAGCAAUGCUGAGGAUGUAGGUUUUCCAUCCAUCAUCAGAGAUAAUGUGGAGCAGAAUGAUGCUUCUCCACACAGAAAAAGGCUGCCUGCUGGCCGUGAUGCUGUUGAAGAAACAAAACAAGCCAGAACCAGGAAGCGUUCUCGGUGGAAUUUGGCUGCUGAGUCAAACGAUAAGGAUUAUGAGGGCUCUGAAGCCCCAAAUAAUGGGGCUCAAACGACUAAGUCCCAUAACAUUGAAGGCAGGCCAAAGAAAGGAACAUCUUGUUCUUCUGGCAACCACAGCUUAGAAAAGUUGAAGGAAAGCAGGGUUGGUGUGCCAUCAACCAGCAUGGCAGCUCAUGUGGUUGAUGAGGAAGUUGAGAUUGAGCUUGAUGAUAAAAUUGAGAGAACCGAAACUGCACCAUCAGAAAAUGAGAAUGAAGUGGCAUUUAAGGUGAGGAGUUUACCAAUGCUUCCCCCAACUCUGACGACUGCGGGAACGAAUUAUUCACAGUAUGAGGGUGAUGAUGAGAAUGUGAACGUGGAUGGGCUUGGUGAAGAGGCAGCAAUUGCACACAUGGAUAUAGUCUAACUUAUAAAUUCUAGCAGUGAUUACAUUUCUGUUGGCGAUUCGGUAGUUGUAAAAUAUCAAUAUCUGAUAGCAUUUUCUAUGAGAUACUGGGGGAAGAGACAAAUGACUUGUAUGUACGAUGGAUUUGCAUGGAUGCAGUGAUAUAUUCUGUAUAGUUGGAUUUCUCUAGUUCAUACCUGAGAGUUGGAAAUUUUGACCAUCAAAAUCAGAUUAAGCAUGCUCAUUCUGAACAA